CCGGAGAGGUGUUUUUAAAAUUGAAAUCUGGGAAACUAUUAAAGCAGAGAAAUAAAACCAAAUUACGAUAAUCUCCGUGUGAAAACGAGAUCGGUUGUUACGUAUGGCAAUGUUACUUUUAGUUUACGCGGUAAACUCGUGCUACAAAGCUUUGUGGUCUACUGCUUCUUUAAGGAGACUCGAAACUCACGAUUGGGAUUAUCGCGAGAAUAGUCAACUGGUUCGCCAGACCAGGAACAUACAUGUGCAUGCCGGUUUCCAGCCAGCUCACAAACUUGUAUUCGUCACAGUGCAUAAGAGUUUCUGCCAUGGCUGCUAGAAAGUCGACCACCAAGAGGAAGUCGGAGGUUACUGUAGAAGAGGUGAGAGAAGAUCCCAAGAAAGUAAAAGUUUAUCACAGGAGUCAUGGUACAGAGGCUGGCCAUGUUCUUGUUCUGGGUCAGGGUGAUGUUGGACAGUUGGGUUUGGGAGAGGACAUCAUUGAGAGGAAGAAGCCAGCUCUCUUGCCCCUACCAGAGAAGAUAGUACAGGUGAUAGCUGGAGGCAUGCACACUGUGUGCCUCAGCGAAACGGGUGUGGUUUACACAUUUGGCUGUAAUGACGAAGGGGCUCUUGGUCGGGACACCAAAGAGGAAGGGUCUGAGAUGAUUCCAGGGAAGGUGGUGCUGGAAGAGAAGGUGGUCCAGGUGUCUGCAGGAGACAGCCACACAGCUGCACUAACAGAGGAGGGAACAGUGUAUGUCUGGGGCUCCUUCAGGGAUAAUAAUGGUGUUAUUGGGCUCUUGGAUCCAUUACAAAAAUCAGCUCUUCCACUUAAACUACCCAUGACAGAAACUGUUGUGAAAGUAGCAUCAGGUAAUGACCACCUGGUAAUGGUAACCAUUGAGGGACGGCUCUACACAUCAGGUGCUGCUGAACAAGGACAGCUGGGCAGGGUGCCUGAACAAUUCUCAGUCAGGGGAGGCAGGAGAGGUCUUGGUCGUUUAUUGAUUCCUCAGAUGGUGAAAGUCAAAGGGAAAAUUCACUUCAUAGACGCCUUCUGUGCUGCUUACGCCACCUUUGCUGUGUCAAAAGAUGAACAAGUGUAUGGAUUUGGCCUCUCCAACUAUUACCAGUUGGGCACCAAAAGCACAACAAUGUGUUUUGUCCCCGUGAAGCUGUCUUCCUUCAAGAAUUCCACCACAGCCUGGGUUGACUUUUCUGGAGGACAACAUCACACAGUCUGUCUCGAUUCAGAAGGACAGGUGUACAGCCUGGGCAGAGCAGAGUAUGGCCGCCUUGGUCUCGGUGAAGGUGCUGAAGAGAAAAGUGAGCCCACACCUGUGGAUGGGAUAGAAUCAGCCAGAGGGGUGACAUGUGGGGCAUCCGUCAGCUAUGCUGUCACCAAAGAGGGCUUUGUGUACGCUUGGGGAAUGGGCACCAACCUGCAACUUGGCACGGGAAAGGAAGAUGAUGAGUGGAGCCCAGUGAAGAUGACUGGCAAGCAACUGGAGAAUUGCGCAGUACUAAUGGCGUCCAGUGGAGGGCAGCAUACAGCUCUUUUGGUCAAAGACCAAGAGAAAAGCUGAUGCCCCUGUCAGGCAUGUAAAGAUACUUAACACUGUUUACUGUGCCUACAAUGGGAGUGGUGGGAGGGUGAUGACAGUCUUUAUGUGACUUUCUAUGCUCAGCUAAGUAAGUGCAGGAGAAUCACAGUUAACAAAGUACUGAGGUUCAGCCCUAUCAGGUAAAAUUCCCCUCUUGCUGAUGUUUCAGUAUAUCAUAACUAAGACUAUUUUUUUAAAAACCCUGUUCUUUUGGAUUAUCAUUAAGUCAUUAGUAUGACUGUAAGACGAUGUGUGUGUGUGUGUGUGGUGUUUGACUGUUGGCAUAGAUAUACAUUUUUAUUAAUUUCACAGACUUUUUUAAACUGGAUUUGAUUGCAUGAAUGCUGAUUCAAACAAGAUAUUUACUCCAGUCGAGUUGAAUCGGUCAAACUGCUGUUCCGAGGGCACCCAUGUUUCACUGUAUUUGGGUGACUACAUCCUGUAUUUUGCUACUGUUCCUGUCUGAGAAUAAAUUUUAGAGUUUUUUAAUCUUUACUCUUUCAUUUACAUUGCAUUUUUAUUAUUUGCAGUUAUACACUCCUGAUCAAAAUUUUAAGACCAGUUGAAAAAUUGCAAGAAUUUACAUUUUGCACUGUUGGAUCUUAAGGAGGUCCAAGUUGAGCUUCAAAAUGUAAAAAGAAAUGAGUUAGACUGGGAAAAAAUGAGUAAGCAAUUUAUUGCAAACAAGCAUUAAGCUGAAAUAAGCUAUUCAUCAGGCAAUCUAAUAAAUAAAUAAAUAAAAUCUCGGUCAAAGGACUCACUCAUGAAUAGCUGCGCCAUUUUUGUUUAAUCG